AUGGGAACGGGUGCAUCUGUGGAACAAAGAUUCCGCAAGCCAAAUGCUCGCCGCGUUAACCUGUUCAACAUCUUGACGGAGAUCAUGAAAGAAACGAAGCGCGAGGAAGAAAUUCCUGAUGACCACUGGGAGCUUUUGAUGAAGGCAUUGGAAACUGAUGAGCAGGAAGAAGUGAAGCAGCUAAAGGAGGAAAUCGAGAAGGAGCGAGCGAGCCGGGUUGCACAAGAGAAGUUAGUGGAGAAGCUGAAGGAGGAAUUGAAACAGAAGGAAGACCUGCAAGAGGAGACGGAGAAGGAACUGAGGAAGCUGAAAGCAGAACUGAAGCAAAAGGACGAGGCGUCGAAUGAACAGCCAGAGUCCAAACUCGACGAUCAAGUCAUCGAGGAUCAGAAACAGGCAGCAGACUGUGAAACCAUCCACGAUGCUGCUGGAAAGAGUGUAGCCGCGGUGCGGCACUUCCUCCGGGACGCCCCGACGGCUGUGAACAAGAAAGAUGAGAACGAUUCCAGACCACUACAUAUUGCAGCUCGAAGGGGCUGCGCAGAGGUGGUCCGGUUCCUUCUCGAACAGCAAGCCGAUGUCAAUGCACGGAAUAACUUCAACAGCACUCCGCUGGAUUGGGCAGCCUCCAAAAACAGGGCUGAGGAGACAAAGAUCCUCCUGGCGGCGAAGGCCAACAUCAUGGUCGCAGACAAUCAUGGGAGGACUCCGCUACAUGGCGCCGCGAUCAGCGGCUGCAGCGACGCAGUCCAGAUCCUCAUUGAGGCGGAGCAAAAAGCAUCCUUCCUCGAGGCCAAAGAUAAAUCGGGACAGACAGCUCUGGGCUGGGCCAAAGCUGAAGGCCAUGCCAAGGUACAGGUCAUCUUGAAGGACGCAGGGGCUCGGAGGUGA